AUGGGGUCACCAUUCAGGCCAAGCUCAUGCAACAGACAAACUCCAUACAGAAUAGAAACCAAGAACUUGUCAUACAGGUUGUGCAGCCAACUUGAUGAAUAUAGAAAUCUUUGCUUUGGUUCCAGUCCAGGGAGAGGUGUUAAGUUCAUUUUGAAGGAUGUGAAUUGUGAGGCAAGGCCAGGGGAGCUGACUGCUAUUGCUGGCCCAAGUGGAGCUGGAAAAACCACACUGCUUGAGAUUCUUGCAGGGAGAAUUACCCCAUGUAAUAAAGUUUCUGGCCAUGUGCUUGUCAAUCAUCGGCCUAUGGAUGUGAACCGGUUCAGAAGAACAUCAGGGUAUGUGACCCAAGAUGAUGCUUUGUUCCCUUCACUGACUGUUAGAGAGACACUCAUGUAUAGUGCCAUGUUGAGACUUCCUGGAGGAAGAAAAGUUGCUGCCAUCAGAGUUGAGGAGUUGAUGAAAGAGCUUGGGUUGGACCAUAUUGCAGAUUCAAGAAUUGGAGGUGGAUCAGACCAUGGCAUAUCCGGAGGGGAAAAGCGUAGAGUUUCCAUUGGUGUGGACUUGGUUCAUGACCCUGCAGUUAUUUUGAUUGAUGAACCAACUUCGGGUUUGGAUUCAGCAUCAGCUCUUAAUGUUGUCUCGUUGCUUAGACUUGUUGCGUUUAAUCAAGGUAAGACAAUUAUCUUAACUAUCCACCAACCUGGUUUCCGAAUCUUAGAGCUAUUUGAUAGCCUCAUUUUGCUGUCUGAUGGAUUUGUGAUGCAUAAUGGGUCAUUGAAUCUUCUUGAGGCUAGGCUUAAGUUAGCUGGGCACCACAUUCCCGACCAUGUCAAUGUCCUUGAGUUUGCACUUGAUGUCAUCGAAAGCUUGGUGAUACAUAUUUCAGAAUCAGGGGACAACCAGUAUCUGCUCAAAGAGAGCCAAGAUCAUAAAAUGAGGAUGCAUUACUCGAAGGUUGUCAAAUUAAACGCACUAACAUAUUCAAAUUCUCCUAUGGAAGAGAUUUCAAUCCUAGGACAAAGAUUUUGCUGCAACAUAUUCAGAACCAAACAACUAUUUGUCACCAGAAUCAUACAGGCCUUAGUAGCUGGCUUUGUCCUGGGGAGCAUAUUUUUCAAUGUUGGCAAUCAACAAAGUCAUGUGGCAUUGCAAACAAGAAGUGGGUUCUUUGCUUUCAGUCUUACCUUUUUGCUAUCAUCAACAACAGAAGGCUUGCCUAUUUUCUUGGAUGAGAGAAGAACGUUUAUGAGAGAGACCUCUGGAGGGGCUUAUAGAGUUUCUUCCUAUGUUUUAGCUAAUACCCUUGUGUUCCUUCCCUUCCUUCUGUUGGUUGGUCUUUUGUACUCCACUCCAGUUUAUUGGCUUGUAGGAUUAAGGAAAGAUAUUGAUGGUUUCCUUUAUUUCUCCUUAGUGGUUUGGUUGGUUCUACUCAUGUCGAAUUCUCUUGUGGCUUGUUUCAGCGCUCUGGUACCAAAUUUCAUCCUGGGAACCUCAGUGAUUGCAGGUCUAAUGGGGUCUUUCUUUCUAUUCUCAGGGUAUUUCAUAUCUGAGGAAAAAAUACCAAGUUACUGGAUUUUUAUGCACUAUUUGAGCCUAUUCAAGUAUCCAUUUGAGUGCCUUAUGAUAAAUGAGUACGGAGGAGAGCAAGGGAAAACGAGAUGCUUAGAAAUUAGCAAAGGAAAAUGCGUACUACAUGGAGUUGAAUUCCUAAGACAGCAAGGUUUAAAAGAUUCACAAAAAUGGAGCAACUUGCCUGUAAUGUUGAGUUUCAUAGUGGGGUAUAGAGUGCUUAGCUAUUUUAUUCUUUGGUUUAGAUGCUACCAGACAAGAAAAUAG